GCAGAGGCAGCAGCAGAAGCAGCAACACCGUUGGCCACAAACGACAACGGAACGUUUGGCCCUUCAACAUGCGGGUUAAGGUGCGAAAAUUCUGUCUGCAGCGACAGGCGUCGAAUCAGAGUGACAAAUUUCCACAGCCCAGCGAAGUAACAGAAGGUGCCUUACAAGUCUGGCGGGCGUUGCCCGAACGCAUACGACAGGAUCCCAGCCUAGCAUCGUUUCAACAGGAACACGAACGCUUACAUGGCGAUGUAGAGCCUUUGGAUGGCGAUGGACUCCAGCCAGAGCAGCAGGAGCAACAGGAACGGCAGGAGCAGCAGGAACAACGCAAUGGUCAUAAUGAUGAUAAACACGCCUUUACACAGAUUGGCAUCAAUGUGACCAAUGAAGCGGGGCAGGUGCAUAUCCUUGAUGGCAGGGACCUGGAGAACAACAAUGAGGAUCAACAUGAUGAAGGUGAAACAUACUGCAAGAGUAAUAUAAAAAGGUAUCUUAUUUGGUUCAAGAUAUCGAUACUUUUGGUGGUUUGGGGCGUCUUCACCGCCUUUCUCAUGUCCAACAACGAGCAUGUCGAUCAACUGAGCCUCAUAACUGUUCCUAGAAAUGGCUCUACGAGAGUCUUUCCCAUAACCACAGCCACACUGAAGCGCAUUGGCCUUGGCCUCCGUGGUCCCUUCCGACUGCAGGAGAAUGAUCUACAACUGAAUGAAACCGUGCCUCUGCCCGUGUUGCAAGUGCAGGUGACGCGUAGUUAUUAUGAUGUCUUUGGAAUGGAGAUUUAUACGGAGAACGCCAGCCAGAUAUGGCAGCUGGAUAUUGUCUAUUUUGAUCUCAUUGAUGCCACGAUGGAUACAAAAAAGUCGCGCACCUUUGAAUUAACUCCAAGUGAUCCUUCGAUGCGGACAACGGCGAAUAAGACGAGGCUCAAUUUGGAGUUCACCAGCAGCAUCGAUGGAGAAUUGCCGCUCCAAUUGAAUGUGGAUGAGUCUCCAAUCUACAAGAGACAUGGCGUAAUCUAUGCCGCCGCCGUGCUCUGUGGCCUCUAUGUGAUGAUCAUCUGGGAGAUUGUUAAUCGAACAUUUGCUGCGAUCAUUGCCUCAACGUUAUCGGUUGGAAUUCUGGCAGCGCUUAACUCGAGACCUUCAAUGGGUACGAUAAUGGGUUGGAUUGAUGUGGAGACAUUGCUACUGCUUUUUGGCAUGAUGAUUCUCGUGGCCAUCUUGUCGGAGACGGGUGUAUUUGAUUAUCUGGCUGUGUAUGCCUAUAAGAUCACCAAUGGUCAUGUCUGGCCGCUCAUCAAUUGCCUGUGCCUGUUCACAGCUGUACUCUCCUCCUUUCUUGACAAUGUGACCACUGUGCUUCUGAUGACACCAGUGACAAUUCGACUCUGCGAGGUCAUGUCCCUCAAUCCAGUGCCGAUCCUCAUGUGCAUGGUGAUCUAUUCGAACAUUGGCGGCGCUCUGACGCCCGUUGGGGAUCCACCUAAUGUGAUCAUCGCCUCCAAUAACUACAUAUCCAAGAAUGGCGUAAAUUUUGCGGUAUUCACGUUACACAUGCUGCCCGGCGUAAUUCUGGUCAUGAUUCAAACUUAUAUACAGUUGCGCUACAAGUUCCGCAACAUUAGCGAUCUGCAGUUCAAGGAUUCACCCGAAGUGGAAGAACUGCGUCAUGAAAUUCAUGUGUGGAAACGUGCUGCAGCCAGUUUGUCAGCUUACUCCAAGGACGAGGAGGUUGUGCGUCAAACUCUGAUGAAGAAAGUGAAUCGAUUGAAGCGCAGUCUCAAGAAACGCAUGACAGCUGUGAUAACACCUGCGCCCAACUAUCAACAAACCUUAGCCAAUCUCCAAGCAAAGUAUCCCAUACGGAAUAAGCAGCUCUUGGUCAAGUGCUCUGCCGCCCUGGUCUUUGUGAUCAGUUUAUUCUUUUUGCAUUCGGUUCCGGAGCUGCAACGUCUCUCCUUGGGUUGGACUGCACUAUUGGGUGCCAUAUUUUUGAUUAUCCUGGCGGAUAUAGAGGAUCUGGAGGCGAUAUUAGCUCGUGUGGAAUGGUCCACUUUGUUAUUUUUUGCCGCUUUGUUUAUUUUAAUGGAAGCAUUGACUGAACUGGGAUUGAUCGAGUGGAUUGGUAAUAUGACGGAGGGAAUUAUAUUAGGCGUCGGUGAGGAUCAGCGCUUGACGGUGGCCAUUCUAAUAAUACUCUGGGUUUCAGCUAUAGCCUCUGCAUUUGUUGACAAUAUUCCGCUUACCACAAUGAUGGUCAAGAUUACCAUAUCUCUGGCCCAGAAUAGCACCUUGAACUUGCCUUUGCAGCCUUUAGUCUGGGCACUCGCCUUGGGCGCCUGCUUAGGCGGUAAUGGCACAUUGAUUGGCGCCUCGGCAAAUGUGGUUUGCGCCGGAGUUGCGGAACAGCAUGGCUACAAGUUCACAUUUCUCGAGUUCUUCAAGGUUGGCUUUCCCAUUAUGAUUGGCAGCAUUAUUGUGGCAACGGGUUAUUUGUUGCUCUCGCAUUCGCUGUUCACGUGGCAUUGAUAAUGAAUAUAUAUAAUGUAAUAUAUAUAGUCCUCGGCAGCAUUGGAAUUGACUGUGUCGAUUUCUAAACAAGGCGCACUUUACCUCGUUACCUAGAGAAAAAUGUUAAACAUUCGACACUUAUGAAUAAUGUGAGCUGCAGUUCAAACUACAUCAUAAAAUUUAACAAAAUAUAAAUCAGCUAAUCAAGCUGAAAACAUGAAAUUUCGAGAUAUUACUCAGCAUAUUCUGAGUAUGCUACAAGCAUAUAAAAACUUAUGAGACAAAAAUGAAACUAAGCAUAUAAUAAUAAAAACACAUUUAUUUUUACACACCAUUGUUAGUGUAGUGCGUAGUUUAAAGAAAAAAAAAAUCAAAAAAACAAUUUAUAUAUUAAUGUAAUUAUUUAAAGUAAAACGAAUAUGAAAAUGUCGCUGAACUGUGAAUGAAUUUGUUAUAGUAUAUGUUAUGUGUACGUAUAAUGGAACAAAGAAUUACUGUACUAAAAUAACUGCUGCUCGUAUUAUAUAAUUUAAAUACAAUGUGUAUUAAACUACAAAAUCAA